CCCUCCUGGUAGACCAUGAGUCAGCCAGAUCUUGUGGAUGACUCGGAUUCCAGUCCUGCACCCCUGUGUGUGGUAUGUGGCCAAGUCCACUCUUCGGAAGAAAAUCACUUCUACACGUAUAAGGAAGAUGUGGAUGAUGACCUUAUCUGCCACAUUUGUCUGCAAGCUUUGGUGGACCCUCUGGAUACUCCCUGUGGCCACACCUACUGCACCCUCUGUCUCACCAACUUCCUAGUGGAGAAGGAUUUCUGUCCCGUGGACCGCCAACCAGUGCUCCUGCAGCGCUGCAAGAAGUCUAACAUCCUGGUCAACAAGCUCCUCAACAAGCUGCUGGUGACCUGCCCAUUCAUGGAGUACUGCACUGAGGUGGUGCAGCGAGGGGAUCUGCAGCAGCACUUUCAAAUGAGCUGUAAAGGUGCCUCCCACUAUGGACUGACAAAGGACAGGAAGAGGCGCUCCCAAGAUGGCUGUCCCGAUGGCUGUGCAAGCCUCACAGCAACAGCACUGUCCCCAGAAGUUUCUGCAGCUGCCACCAUCUCUUUAAUGACGGAUGAGCCUGGCCUAGACAACCCUGCCUAUGUGUCCACAGUUGAUGAUGGUCAACCAACAACCAGCCCAACAGACUCGGGUCGCAGCAUCAGAACUAAGGCCCGACCCUUUGAACGAUCCACUAUCAGAAGCAGAUCUUUCAAAAAAAUAAAUCGAGCUUUCAGUGUUCUUCGAAGGACAAAGAGUGGAAGUGUAGUUGCCAACCCAGCUGACCAGGGUAGAGAACAUUCUGAAAAUACCACUGCCCCUGAAGUCUUCCCGAGGUUGCAUCACCUCAUUCCAGAUGGUGAAAUCACCAGCAUCAAGAUUAAUCGAACGGAUCCCAAUGAGAGCCUGUCCAUUCGACUGGUGGGAGGCAGUGAGACUCCCUUGGUCAAUAUCAUCAUCCAGCACAUAUAUCGUGAUGGAGUGAUCGCCAGAGAUGGCCGGCUUCUGCCAGGAGACAUCAUAUUAAAGGUCAACGGGAUGGAUAUCAGCAACGUCCGUCACAACUACGCGCUGCGCCUCUUGCGACAGCCAUGCCAGGUCCUGCGGCUGACCGUGCUGCGCGAGCAGAAGUUCCGCAGCAGGAGCACCGGACAGGCUCUAGACACCUACACCCCACGGGAGGACAGUUUCCACGUAAUCCUGCACAAAAGCAGCCCUGAGGAGCAGCUUGGUAUAAAACUGGUGCGCAAGGUGGAUGAGCCUGGGGUGUUCAUUUUCAAUGUGUUGGAUGGAGGCAUAGCAGGGCGCCAUGGGCAACUGGAGGAGAAUGACAGAGUGCUGGCCAUCAACGGACAUGACCUGCGGUUUGGCAGCCCGGAAAGUGCUGCUCAUCUGAUUCAGGCCAGUGAGAAGCACGUUCACUUUAUUGUGUCACGCCAAAUUCAUCUGCAAAGUCCUGACAUCUUUCAGGAGGGCAGCUGGAGCAGCAAUGGCAGCAGGUCUCCAGGACCAGGAGACAGGUGCAAUACUCCAAAGCCCCUCCAGCCCACAGUCACUUGUCUUGAGAAGACGGUGAGUGUCCGCAAAGACCCCAGCGACUCCCUUGGCAUGACAGUGGCAGGGGGAGCGUCUCAUCGAGAAUGGGACUUACCUAUUUACGUCAUCAGUGUUGAGCCUGGAGGAGUCAUAAGCAGAGAUGGAAGAAUAAAAACAGGGGAUAUUCUGUUGAAUGUGAAUGGAAUUGAACUAAUGGAGGUGAGCCGGAGCGAGGCAGUGGCUUUAUUGAAGAGCACAUGUUCCUCGGUGGUGCUUAAAGCCCUGGAAGUCCGGGAGUGUGAGCCUCAGGAAGACAACUUCCCAGAGGCCUUGGACUCCAACCACAACAUGGCCCCGCCCACCGACUGGUCCCCCUCCUGGGUCAUGUGGCUGGAGUUACCACAGUACUUAUUUAACUGUAAAGAUGUUAUAUUACGAAGAAAUACAGCUGGAAGUCUGGGCUUCUGCAUUGUAGGAGGUUAUGAAGAAUACAAUGGGAACCAACCAUUUUAUAUCAAAUCCAUUGUUGAAGGAACACCAGCAUACAACGAUGGGAGAAUUAGAUGUGGCGAUAUCCUUCUUGCUGUCAAUGGUCGGAGUACAUCAGGAAUGAUUCAUGCUUGCUUGGCAAGGAUGCUCAAAGAACUUAAAGGAAAAAUUACCCUCACUAUUGUUUCCUGGCCUGGCACUCUUUUAUAAUUUCAAUGAAAGGAAAGGGUAGAAAGGGAAGCAAAAUUCCAAACAGAUACUGUUGAAAACUGCAUUUUGUCAAUUUCUGUAUUUAAAGAAUACAUUGUAAAAUGUCAGGAACAGUAAGUAUGAUCUAAUGAAAGCCAAUUUCAUCUCACAAAAUUAGUUGUCAAAAUAUAAACAUUACUACUAGUUUUUAUUCAAUGUGGAGGAUUUAUUACUCUACAACUUUAAGUUUAUAUUUUUCUAUUCAAUAAAAAGUUCUUAGACAGUCAAAAUGGUUUGUAUGCCCCCAAAGAAUUCAACUCAAUAAAAAAAUUGCUGGUCUGUAUUUAAAUGUUUCAAAAAUUGAAGCCAGAGAUUUUAAAAAUGCAUUGUAAAAUAAAGUUCAUUUCAUCAAAUGAGAAAUAAAUAUUUUUCAAAAACUGUAA